CAUCUCUAUCCGCACACUCACAAUAUCAACGCAUUGUCACCAUUCCAACAAAACAAACCCUUUCCGUUCCGUCUUCCUCUGCUUUUCAAAUCCCCUUUUCGCGGAAUUCCGAACCAAAACCAUGCUUCUCCGAACCGCUGCUGCUUCGUCACUCUCCCUCUUCAACCCCAACGCUGAACCUUCGCGUUCGGUUCCCGUUCUGGCGAACAACGCCAGCCGCUUGGUGGUUCGCGCCGCGAAAGGAUCCACGAACCACCGCGCCCUAACUGGCGUGAUUUUUGAACCUUUCGAGGAGGUGAAGAAGGAGCUCGAUCUCGUUCCCACCGUUCCGCAAGCUUCUCUCGCGCGCCAAAAAUACGUUGACGAAUCUGAAGCCGCCGUUAACGAACAAAUCAAUGUGGAGUAUAAUGUUUCGUAUGUUUAUCAUGCUCUGUUUGCCUACUUCGAUAGGGAUAACGUUGCGCUAAGAGGUCUUGCUAAGUUUUUCAAGGAAUCGAGUGAAGAAGAACGAGAGCAUGCUGAGAAAUUGAUGGAGUAUCAGAACAGGCGAGGUGGCAAAGUGAAGUUGCAGUCAAUUGUGAUGCCGCUUUCUGAGUUUGAUCAUGCAGAUAAAGGGGAUGCACUGCACGCAAUGGAACUCGCUCUGUCAUUAGAGAAGCUAACGAACGAAAAGCUCCUUCACUUGCACAGUGUUGCCACGAAGAACGGUGACGUGCAGUUGGCAGACUUCGUCGAAAGCGAAUUUCUGGGUGAACAGGUGGAAUCCAUCAAAAGAAUAUCUGAGUAUGUUGCUCAGCUCAGAAGAGUUGGCAAAGGACAUGGUGUGUGGCACUUUGAUCAGAUGCUACUCCACGAAGGAGGGCACUUAGCUUGAUGGUUACUGUUUCCCCUUUCUAUUAUUUGUAUCUUUCUCGUCUAUGUGAUGUUUGAGUCUUGUGCUAGAGAAGGUGAAACUGAAACUACGGAUGAAUAAAUGUUUUGUAGUUUGUUUACUUUUGAUCAGGGAAAAAAACUUUUUUUCUCAAAAUAUGCUCCCUAAACUAAUAUCCAUGAAUUCACCGAUGCGAGAUUAAAUUGUCUCAAUUUCAAUA